CCUCUUCUGGCAACAGUGAAUUCAGUUCAAACAUCGAGUAAGGUUUUUUUUUUCACGAGAGACUAACUGCUGCUGUGUGAAUAUUCACCGUGUUUGAACGAACCGUCUUGUACGAGGAGGAGACUGAACACCGGCGUGGAUUGCUGGAAAAUUUUCUGGAAAACUGAAAUCAAGUUGGACAGAACAGGUCUUCGUCUUGAAUGCAGGGGAGCCACUUUUGAAUCCCGGUAACGGCAGGAGGGGGAUCUGGCAUCAAAUCAAGCCAAGUUCCACUGACUUGCUUUGCGCGACACGGUAUCCUUGUGAUUCCAUGACCAGCCUGGCAGAUCAGACAUGGCAGUAUGGACCAAGACGAUGCUGGACUAACUGAGGCUUUCGAGGAGCAGAAGACAGAAGAUCUUUCGAAUCAAUGGAGAUGGAUGGUGACAUUUUCGGUGUCAAGGACAAGGCAAACACAGUAUGGCAAUGGCGAAUUUUGCAUGCAGAGAAAUAUUCAACACAUCCAGAUCCAUUCUUUUACAGUAAUAAAAUUGGACUGAAUUUUAAUGUUGCCUCCAGCUCUCACCCAAAACUGAAUUCACCAUUUGUGCCAAAUGGUGUCAUACUUGAGGUGUGUGAAUUUGCUCGAACAAUCAUCAAGAGUCGCAUGCACUUCAUCCCAAACAUUCUGGAAAACAAUUUUGAUCUUGGAUUUGAAAAUGAUCAACAGCGGAUGGAUUUCACUGCUCAAAUUCAGCACAAGCUGGAAGACUUGGUCCGAAAACCUGUCACAGAUAAAAAUGAAGUUUUUUCUCUUUUUGACACCUGGAAGACAGAAUGUAGCAAUAAUGGACUGAACAAGGCAACAAGGACACAUAAACCUCAGAGUUUCUUCAUGGAAAUUGAGAAUAUUAGUGAACUUGAACAAUUAUUGAAAUGUUCCUCGGAAAAAGAGACCGGAGAAAUAUCAGAAUCACACACUGAUGGCGGUGAUCAGAAAGAUAACACUGAUUGUUCAGGAAGUGAAAUGAAAGAAGUCGUCAGUGAGGACAUUCCUUUGUUGUUGUUCCCUUCUUGUGAAAACAUUGGUUUGAACCUUGGCACGGGGACUAAACAAAGUCUUGAUCCAGGCUUGUUAACAGAGAGAGUGAUGUUUGAGUUGUUGGAUUUUGCACGAGUCUUGACUGCCUCCUUCACCUCCAUUGUCGUCAGUGUGUUGGAGCAUAAUUUUGAGCUUGAUCUGAAAAGUCACGAGAGAAGGAAUGAAGUGUGGUUAUUGAUAUCACAGAUGCUAAAAAGGGGGAAACACAUUGCUGCCAGUAACACAAACUUCAUCCCAGAGUUUGAAAAUGAGCCAUUUUUCUUUGAGAGAAACCCAUUAAAGAGAGCCUACGUACCAGCACUGUCUACAGUGGAAACCCUUCUGUCAGAAGAGACAAAGAGACAAAAGCUGGACUUCAGUACUUCUCAGGAAAAGAUGCCUCCUUCAGUCACAAAGUGCAUCAUGAAGAAGGACCAAGAACAACUGGAUGAAAAUGUGAACGAGAAAAGUCUCUCUCACAACAAUGAGUUGUGUUCAGGUACAGAAGAGGAUGAUGAGCAUUGCCACAUGUGCCCUGUGGAGGACGAUGCAGAUUCAGAAAGUCGUGGUGUGCAAAACUCAACUGGUUGUGACAUGUCUACAGAAUCAUUAAGUAGGUUGAAUAAACAGACUCAUGCCACCACUGAUGGUUCAUGUAAUUCAUCCACAUUGAACAAAGAUCUUACCCCACCAUCGGACUUCCAGCCAAAGAAAACUCUGGUGCAAGGCAACGGUGAGACACAGAUUCCAAGAAAUGUACCAAAUGACUGCGGCAUCGACCAAGAAAGAGAAAUAGAUUCCAAUUUGUGGAAACUGCGUGCCAGUCGUGUAAACCAAGUUCUCCUGACACUGGACAAAGACCAAUCUCGAUUCAUUUCUGUGAGGAAUCUCGGUGUCGAGUUUGAUGUUGGGUUUGGACCCAAACAGAAUCUUAGUCUUGAUGAUUUGACAAGUCCAGUUCUUUUUGAACUUGCACAAUUUGCAUUAGCCAUGAAUUCAUCCCAGCAGGAAUUCAUCCUGGAGAUUCUUGAGAACAACUUUGACUUGGGCCUGCAAAGUGAACGCCAUCAAAAAACCUUCAUGUGUGAAGUCAUGAAGCGAGUAAGAGAACUUCAAAAAUGUGAGGAUGUGGUGAAAUUCUCAAAAGAGGGUUUUGAACUUCCAGUUUCAGUGUCACCUGUUGACGGUGUUUAUCAGAGCAGUGUCACUGCUGAACUCAGCCCCAUGUCAAACAUUGGAUUUUGUGAAGGUAGACCAGUGUGUGGUCCUAAUUCUCAUGCUGAAGCUGGAGUGGACUUACCUUCAGAACCUGAAUCUGUUUCAGAGGACAACACGGAUCUUUACCCUUUCUGUAAGGACAUUGGUCUGAGGCUUCAAGCCAAAUGCAGUCAUUCAACUGGAAAAGUUGCCAUCAAUAAGCUGACCAAAGGAGCAAUGACUGAAGUUGUGAAUUUUGCAACAACAUUGUGUGGAACCUUUGAAGAGAUCUGCAUGGAUGUGCUCAGACACAACUUUGACUUGCAGAGUAUGGAUUCUUACCUUGCAACAUCAAUUUUUGCUCAAAUUGCUGCUGUAAAUGAACAAAAGAAUUUGUCGGAUAACUUCUCUUGCAAAAUAAUGAAACAUUCCAUAACAGAUCCUUCAAUACUCAUGUAUGGAAGAAAGCCCAGUGACACAGAAGCACAAAAUAAUCCCAACUUGUUAUUGUGGUUACUGCGAGAAAAUUAUGUUAAACAAAUCCUUUCAGUGCCUCAUGGAGAUCAGUGUCCACUUUAUUCUUACUCCACAUGUAAGAAUUUCGGUCUUGAUUUUAAUGUGGGGUCUGGAGUAAAACGUAACCUUGAUCCAAAAUGCUUAACAAAUGGCAUCAUGGUUGAACUUGCCACUUUUGCCAAGACACUGCAGUUAUCUGAAAAGGAUUUCAUGACAGAGAUUCUGGAGUACAAUUUUGAUCUAAAUUUCAACAACGAACUUCAUCGCAGUGCUUUUACAAAACAACUGAACACAGAUGUUUUUCAGCUCAUUUCAAGAAAUAAAAAAUUUCCGCUGAAGAACAAACAUCAGCAGUUUGAGCUCCCUGACUUGAGAUGUUUAGAAGAAUGCCCUCCAGACUGUCCCAAAUGUUUCCAAGACAGGAUUGAAACCUGUCUUCAGGAUGAAUCUGAAUCUGAUCACAUGCCUCAUGUUCGUCCUCAUAACAUCACUGAUGAAUCACGAGCUCAUAUCUGCACAAAACCAAAGUUUGCGAAGAUUCCAGUCUCUAAUUUCUCAUCAGCAGAAAUUUUAACCAAGCCCUACCAUCACAGUAAGGAAGCUGGUUUAAGCCUGUGUGUGGACAGAGACCACCCAAAAGAGAAGUUAGACUUGCAUGUUCUGACAGAGGAAGUGAUGCUUGAUGUAUAUCAUUUUGCCCAAAAACUGUGUGGAGCAGAAACUAAGAUCAUUCAUGAUGUUCUUGAGCACAACUUCAACUUGACACAGAAUCACAUUAAAGAUCUGACUCGACAUUUCUAUGAUAGAAUGAAGGCAAACAUUGAGGAGCUCGCCUGGUUCAAUGAAGUUGUUGAUCUUGAUAAAUCUCCUUCCAAAGCUCACCAAAAUGAAAGUGAUUGUUGCUUUGAAAAAAUAUCCAGUUGUGAGGGUGCUUCCCAUUUCAUGGCCACUGAUGAUUUACCCAGUUUACCUGUCAACACAGAUGUGAGUUCACCAUCGAGAAAUGUAUCUGAUGAAAUCAUGAAAUCAUUUUUCUUUGAGAGAUACCCAUUAAAGAGAGCCUACGUACCAGCACUGUCGACAGUGGAAACCCUUCUGUCAGAAGAGACAAAGAGACGAAAGCUGAAUUUCAGUACUUCUCAGGAAAAGAUGCCUCCUUCAGUCACUAAGUGCAUCAUGAGGAAGUACCACGGACACAUGGAUGAAAAUGAAUUAAUUGUGCAAGAAAGUGAAACAGAAGAAGAGAUCCUCCAACAUAUUCCAAACAAAUCUGACAUGAACCAUGAGGAAAUGGAAACAGAGACCAACAUGUGGAAGUUUCGUUCCAAUUAUGUGAAAAAAAUUCAACUUGCUUUUGCGAAGGAGUUUUACCCACACUGGAACGUGGGAUUUCUCGAGUUUGAUGUUGCGUCUGGGCCACCCAGAAACUUCAAUCCUGAAAGACUGACGACUUUUCAUCUGCACAAAGUUGUUCUUUUUGCAUUAGCAAUGAGUUCAUCCCAGCAGAAUGUCCUUGUGGAUAUUCUAGAAUACAACUUUAACUUAGGCCUGCAGAGUGAAUACCAGAAAAUGACAUUUGCACAUGAAGUCAUGAAACGAGUACAGGAAUUAUUGGCUCGUGACGAUAGAGAUAACAUUUUGAAAGAGGUGUUUGUUUUGCCAGGUUCUCUGUCAUUCAGUAAUGUGAAGUGUGAGAGUGAUGACAGUGUUGAUUCUGAACCUGAAACUUCCCAGACAGCUUCACACCUUUAUCCAUUCUGCAAGAAGAUUGGUUUGAAGCUCAAUGUGAGUUUCUGUCACCCAGAUAAAAAGCUUGAACUCAACAAACUGACCAACGGAGCAGUGAUUGAGGUUGUAAACUUUGCAGAAAAGCUGUGUGGAAGCUACGAGCAGAUUUGUGUUGAUGUCCUGCGGCACAACUUUGAUCUUGAUUCGCAGAUAUCAGAUUCUGAUCUUGCUCAAAAUAUUCUUUCACAGGUUCCUUUUGCCAUUGAGGAAACUAAUCUUCGAUAUUUUUGCAGAAAAAUGCAGCUUGCGACCAGAAUCAACUUAAAUGUCUUGGACUCUCAGAGGAAUACGUCUUCACAAACAUGCACUAUGAGUUCAGUUAAAGCAGAGAUGAUCCAGAGUGCAAGUCAACCCGGUGACGUUGAAGCACAAAAUGAUCCAGAGUUGCUGUUGUGGAAACUACGAGCCAACCAAGUUCAGCAAAUCCUCUCAGUGCCCCACAAAGAGCAGUGUCCGCUAAACUCUUACAGCAGAUGUAAGACAUUAGGCAUUGAUUUUGAUGUAGGAUCUGGUUUGAAACGUCGUCUUGAUCCAAAACUGUUGACCAAUGGCAUCAUGUGUGAAAUUGUAUCUCUUGCCACAGAGCUUGGGUCAUCCGCAAUGGAUUUUAUGACAGAGAUUUUGGAGUAUAAUUUCAAUCUGCAAUUCAACAAUGUGCUUCACCGUAAAGCUUUUGCAAAUACACUUAAUCGGAGAAUCAAUGAGAUGAAUCGGAUGAAACCCUCAGUCAUGCAACUGAAACCCCUGUUUGAACUGCUGGAUGAGAGAUUCAUUCAUCAAGUUGAACCGUUUCUCUUCAAACGUCUACAACAUCGUUACCCUUGUCCUGCCAAUUGUUCCCCUCCCGGAAGAACGUCAGUGACAUACUUGAACACAACUUCCAAUUGGGCAUGCCUGAUCAAGUUCAAACUCUGA